UUCCGGGGGAUGUUUACCGCAGAGGGCAGAUCAUCCUGCCGCUAACGAAGCUCCGGCUCCGGCUCCAGCUCCAGCCUCGACCCUGCAGCAGCUGAUCCCACAGUGAGUGGCUGUUCCCCGGCUCUUCAGGUACCCAGGAGCCGCUGGAGCCUCGGUGCUACGCGGAGAGAAACGUCCCGCCGGUGCUAACGAGCUAGCUUCCUCUGAGCUCCGGUGUUUCUGCGCUGAGCUGGCGGCUCUUCAUCCCAUCCUGCCCAACAUCCUGCUCAGGGGCUUCUCACACUCGAUCCUCGUAGCUCUGUCGGUCUGCACCACAUCUGCGUCAGAACGGCCGGACGCCUUUCACCUGAGGCCACAAGCAGCCGAAGCCAAUGGUAAGACCGGCAGCGGGAUCUUAGAGCCACGUAUUCUGGAGAGUCGCUGCGCUUCCUUCCAGUAUCGAGCCGAGAAGUAUUCUGCAGGAGGUCCUCGACACGGAGCCUCAAAGCUAGCGAUGCCCGGAUCCACGCCGGCCAGCAGCAAGGCUCGGGUGUACACCGACGUCAACACACAGAAGAACAGAGAGUACUGGGACUAUGACGCACAUGUGCCAAACUGGAGCAAUCAAGACAAUUAUCAGCUGGUUCGUAAACUGGGUCGAGGGAAAUACAGUGAAGUGUUCGAGGCCAUUAAUGUGACCAACAAUGAGAAGGUGGUGGUGAAAAUCCUCAAGCCCGUCAAGAAGAAGAAAAUCAAAAGGGAAAUCAAAAUUCUUGAAAACUUGCGUGGAGGAACCAACAUCAUCCGCCUGGUGGACACAGUGAAAGACCCCGUGUCCAGAACACCAGCGCUUGUCUUUGAGUGCAUCAAUAACACAGAUUUUAAGGAGCUUUACCAGAAGCUGACAGACUAUGACAUCAGAUUCUACAUGUAUGAGCUGCUCAAGGCUCUGGACUACUGUCACAGUAUGGGGAUCAUGCACAGAGACGUGAAGCCCCACAACGUGAUGAUCGACCACCAGCUGAGAAAGCUACGUCUCAUAGAUUGGGGUUUGGCAGAGUUCUACCAUCCCGCUCAGGAAUACAAUGUCAGGGUAGCGUCUCGCUAUUUCAAAGGCCCUGAGCUGCUAGUGGACUACCAGAUGUAUGACUAUAGUUUGGACAUGUGGAGUCUGGGCUGCAUGUUGGCCAGCAUGAUCUUCCUGAAAGAGCCAUUUUUUCAUGGCCAGGACAACUACGAUCAGCUGGUCCGCAUCGCUAAGGUCCUGGGCACCGACGAGCUGUUCGGCUACCUGCACAAGUAUCACAUAGAACUGGACACGCGCUUCAAAGACCUGCUGGGACAACAAACACGGAAGCGCUGGGAGCAGUUCAUCCAAUCAGAGAACCAGCACCUGGUGAGUCCGGAGGCUCUGGACCUGCUGGACAAGCUGCUGCGCUACGACCACCAGCAGAGGCUGACGGCGGCCGAGGCCAUGCAGCACCCGUACUUCUAUCCUGUGGUGAAGGAACACGCAAACGCCAACACCGACGGCACAAAGGCAUUAAGCAGCUCCAAUGCAACAUGAUGAGCAGAGAGCAGGAAGAAUCUUUGUUACCUCAACUUGUGACCUUUUCGUGGCAGAAGCCUCCACAUCAACCGCCAUACUGGAGUAAGAUGUCAACACACAGAACCAUGCACAGAUUAAAUGUCUCCACAAAAAACAAAGCCCGGGGAAACUACGCCGCUCGGUCCAAGUCGCAAAUAAAUCAGAUCUAUAGAUCUGACUCCCAACGCUCCUUCUCCUCCCCCUCCCAACACCCCUGUUUUUAAAAUGAGCUAAGUGACUGUUGUUGGAUCAGUAUCGAGCCGCUGUCGUCGCUGUAAAAACGUUUGUGGUCACUACGACAGUGACCUGAGCUCCAGUCCCAGGUUUUAGCACUGAGAGGCACCGAGGCUCUUUUCUGCUAUGGAUAGAACAAAAGCUAUAUUGAAAGAGAAUAAACCGUUUUUAUUUAAA